GUGCUCGAUGCUCCAUCUUUAUUCAGGACGAUCAAUCGACCUCAGAGAGCAUCGAACGGCGUGUGUAUACAAACAUGGAGAAACAUGUUGGGUCCCUACAGGAACAGGCCCUGAAGAGAAAGGAGAGACUAAAAGCGCUAAGAGAUAAACAACUUCAUGGUCGAGAGGAGGAUGAGGAGCCAGACAAGAAAAGGGCUGCACUUGAGGAGGAGACGACUUCAGAGAGACACAGAGAGCUCAAGUUGAGGAAUUACACCCCAGAAGAUGACGAGCUGAAGGAGAGACAGGUUCCCAAAGCCAAACCUGCAUCAGUUGAGGAUAAAGUAAGGGACCAGUUAGAGGCAGCUAAUCCAGAGCCUAUCAUUGAGGAAGUGGAUUUAGCAAACCUCGCCCCUAGAAAACCAGACUGGGAUCUAAAGCGUGACGUGGCGAAGAAACUGGAGAAGCUGGAGAGGAGAACACAGAGAGCCAUCGCUGAGCUCAUCAGGGAUCGUCUGCGAGGCAGUGAGGAUGAGCUGGCUGGUGUUGUAGGAGCAGUAGGAGCGGACGAAGGAGACUCAGACUGAUUCCAAUGGAUCGCCUCCAUUUAUAGUUUAUAAGGACUGAAGUGUCACAUUUGUAUAGAGCUCAGACAGCUACUUUCAUCACCUGUCAGAGUUUCAUAUUCAUGUUGUGUCAGUGUGUUAUUACAGAAUACAUGUAGUACACUGUUCAUGUGCUCCAUUUAUAAUGUUACCAUCAAUUUUUUGCUGUAAAUGUUUAUAUUUUCAAGUAAAAUAAUGCUUCUUUUUUUGAAAGUUGA